GUCACUGCUCUCAAUGUCAAAAUCCAGCAUUCAGCUCUGGCAGGGACUCAUUGUGUCGACUUGUGAAAAUAAAGCACGGAUUUUCUUUGUAAGAAAAGGAUAUGGGCAAGCAGUUGUGAGAGAUGCUUUAGAUAAACCAUCACACCAAUGGAUGUGCAGGUCACGUGCAACGUCUCCAGCCUUGAAUGCGGUCAAUUAGCACUCAUCAUUAUUCCCAGUCUCCUGGCUCUUAGCACACUGACCAUCAUAUCUCGGAUAAUAUGGAGCUUCUUAAAAAACAAAUCAUCAGUUCCAAAGUCCUCAGCAGUGUCUUUUGAUCAAAUUGGUUCUCUGCCUGGACACCGUGCGCUGAGCUCAUGGGAAAUGCCCACCCAGUGCAUGCUGGAGGAGGUGGAGUUUGUGAAAAAUGGUCGGUACGGGGUUACCUGCAAGGGCCAGUUAAAACGUGAUGAAGUUACCACUGCUGUGAGAAUUAAAAUGUUCAGAGGAAGUUCAAGCAGUCACAAGGCAAAAGAGUUUGUGGAGUUGGCCCUGUUCUACUCGACCAUCUGUAAACACGACAAUCUGGUCCACAUGCUGUACUGCCAGACACAACGCUUUCCCAUGUACUUGGUUUUUGAGAUGAGCACUCCUGGAAAUCUGUUGCAUUUCUUAUGGAACCUUCGAGAGGGUGGACCUGGGAUGUGCCAUGAGGAAGAGUCUUUUUCAGAGAGAUCUGUGUAUUUAGUGGCUAAACAAGUGGCAACCGGGCUGGAUUACCUGCUGUCAGAGCACAGGCUUGUGCAUGGGAACAUCGCAGCAUGCAACAUGCUGAUUGGCUCAGGGCUCCUAGUCAAAGUGUCCGGGUUGGCUUUGGCUUUCGAGUCGAGGCAGACGGAGACGGAGACAGUGGGAAAGGAGAGGACAGCGGACAGAGUUCCUCUGAAGUGGCAGGCACCAGAGAGAUUACUCAGAUUCCCUGUUACAUCCAGGAGUGACGUGUGGUCUUUUGGAAUCCUCCUCUAUGAGUUGAUAACUUUAGGUGCUCCUCCGUUUCCUGAACUGGAGCCUUCAGAGACUUUCCUCCAAACAUUGGCCACUUACAAACUAAAAAGACCCCCAAACUGUGGAGGAGCUCUGUUUGACCUCAUGAAACAUUGCCGCAUGUGGAAUUUUAAGGACCGCCCGGCUUAUUCUGCGAUCAUUAAACUGCUGGAGUCGUAUAUCCACCUGGCUGAUACUAAACCCCUCCGUGCAAUACAGUGUAUGGACAUUUCUGAAUACAGAAGGAAGGCAGGAGUUCCUCCUUGA